AUGAUACUCAAAGAGGGCCGUUGGGACCACCGACAUACUGUGGUAUUUUCUAAGGAUAACGAACAUAAUCUUCCGAAUCAAAGAUCAUAUUUUGAUCGCCAUCGGGAGCCGCUGAACUUCUCCACUCAUCCGUCCUUGAAUGAUGGACUGCAGUCAACUGGGCUGAAGCCCACUUGGAAGUUACCUCAAGAGGGUCAAUCCCCGAGCAAGUCUGUUUUCCGUUCAUCAUUUUACGAGCCUUGUACCUCCGAACCACCAUGGCUCGACCGUCACCACAUUCUGUUUAGCAAAGGCAACCCUACUUUCGGGAAGAACCUCCGUAGUUACUUUGAUAGGCCCAGGGAGCUCUCAGUUACUCCACUGAAGGACUCUGGCGCUGAUGAUCCCACAUUUCCUCGUCAACUGGAUGUGACUUGGAGUCUACCACCAGAUGGAGAGAAAAUCAAAAGAGAACAGGCCAAGAUUGCGGAUUUCUUUCAUCCUCCUGGAGUAGUUUGGAUACCUCUUAAGAAGGAGAGAGCUGCGGCUCAUUCGUGA